CCGGAAACGUCCGCGUUUAAGUUCUGGGUGAAGGUCGACUCAGCGAAUUUUCAAAGUCGCCGGCGGCGCACGCGAUACAGAUUUCUCGUAUCCACGUAUCGUAACUCCUGACGACUCCAUGCGUUUCCUGAACAGUGAUGGAAUGUCAUCGAAGGAAUCGUGAUAUCCAAGGUCACCGCGAUAAAUAUCGCGAGUCGAGAUCACGUCAACGCGCAACUUCGCUGUUGCACCGCGGUAGAGAUGGAACCUUGAGGUCGAAUCAUCACGAACGAGAUGGAAUUAUGGUCUCAACGUGGUCAACCGCGACCCUUUGAUUCGGUAAUUCGAUGGAACGCUUGUGAUACGUGCAAACGAGGCGUCGAGGGUUCGCGCUAUCCCGUCCCUCGACGACCGAUGGUGUUCUAAAUAUCGGAAGUGAUCGACUUUAGAGUACGUCAUCUAAUGGACCGUGUCAUCAAGACCCUACGUAACGAAUGGCUGACGUGCCGGCAAGUGCUGAACAUCAUGGUGAUCCUGGGAUUCAUGUUGAACUACAUGUUGCGAGUGAAUCUGACGAUCGCCAUCGUGACGAUGGUGAUCCCUAGCAACGUCACGUCGCAUCCCAGCGGACUGCACGCGUCAACCGACUGCUACAGUCACGAAACCGCAAACAUCGACAAUGGUACAACGAUGAUAGGACAACUAACCACUGUCAUCGAUACAUCUAACCAGAAUAACAUUGCAUACCCAUCGAAACGUGAGGAGAUAGAGCAGACCAGGUACUCGUGGAACGAGUACGAAGUCAACCUCGUGUUGGGAAGCUUCUUUUGGGGCUACAUCUGCACGGAGCUUCCGGGUGGAAGACUGGCCGAGGUGGUGGGCCCGAAGAGAGUCUUCGGAUACAGCAUGCUGGUGUCCAGCGUGAUCACGCUGUUCACCCCUCUGGCAGCUACCUAUGGCUACGUCGUAGUCGCUGCUCUGAGGACAAUUCUAGGAUUCAUGCUGGGAGCUACUUGGCCCGCCAUACAACCCAUGACUGCCCGAUGGAUUCCGCCCACGGAGCGCAGCAAGUUUGUCUCAAACAUGAUGGCGUCGUCGCUCGGAGCAGCGAUAACAAUGCCCAUUUGCGGAUUCCUGAUCGCUUCGUUGGGCUGGGAAUCCGUUUUCUACGUCACUGGAGUGAUCGGACUCGCCUGGAGCGCAGCAUGGAUUUUCUUGGUGUUCGAUUCACCGGCUCAGCAUCCGAGAAUCUCCGAUAAAGAGCGUCGCUACAUCGAGCAAGCCUUAGGGACCACGACCACGACCAAGCGUCUGCCCGUUCCGUGGAAAUCUAUUUUCCUCUCGGCGCCGGUUUGGGCUAUCAUAAUCACCCAUGCGUGCAGCGUCUUCGGGUACUUUACGGUGGUGAAUCAAUUGCCCACCUACAUGAAGUACAUCUUGAACUUCAACAUUAAACAGAAUGGACUGCUGUCCUCGUUACCGUACCUCGGGAAAUACAUCUUCGCCGUGGCGACGUCCUCGCUGGCCGACUAUUUGCUCAGAAAGAAAAAGCUAUCCGUAACGGCUAUACGGAAAUUGUUUACUACCCUUGCUGUGAUGAGCCCAGGGCUGUUGAUGAUCGUGCAGGCGAAUCUCGGAUGCGAUCGUGUAGCGUCCGUGGCGAUCUUCACCCUCGCCCUGACCAUCAACGGCGCCGUGACCGCUGGUUAUCUAGGAAAUGGUUUGGACAUAGCGCCCAACUUCUCUGGAACUAUUUUCGGAAUGGCGAACACGUUAAGCUCUCUAGGCGGUUUCCUCAGUAGCUACAUGGUUGGCAUGAUAACGUACAAGAAUCAGACUUACGCUCAGUGGAGCAUCAUCUUUUGGAUUCUGGCGUGCACGUACUGCGUCAGCGGGGUAACAUUCGCGAUUUUCGGCACUGGAGAGUUGCAGAAGUGGAAUAAUCCCGAACAGAGCGAAGAUGAAAAGAAAACGAACCUGGAAGGUGCUCCAGAACUCGAAGAAUCCGUGCCUUUGAAGGACAAAUCUCUUUCCUAACAAACGCUCGACCAAUACAUUUCCGUCGAUGCCGAGAGUAAUUGUAUCCACGCGUUUACAAUAGAUAAUUUAAAGCUGGAUAAUUUCUAAACUGCAUCAUGCCAUGUUCCUCUUUCGUACGAGUACAACGUUUGUAAUUUAUAAAUGAUCGUUACAUAAACGAAAGA